UUGACUGAGGUUCAGAAUUGUUUCUUGCACGUGGAAAGAAUAAUUUCUGCAUAUCGAGUUGUUUUGAUGUAAUUUUCACAAGCCUAUCGCCAGUGACUGCGGUCUUUAUCGAUUAUGGUUUAGUGUCCUUAUCAGAUACCAGCUCGAGGGCCAAAAUAGACCGGAGGUAGCGACCUGACUCGAAGUGAACUGUUGGUACUUGCUCGUACUUGCUCCGAUCGACCGUUCUGGUCAUCGAAAAGUUCAUAUUUUGGGCACACUUAUCUCGUCAUGUCUGCAGAGAGGGAAGCCUCAUGCUCCAGUGAUGUGGAGACUGAACAAAACAAAGGCCCUCAUAUUUCAGACGAAGACGACUCGGUGAUGGCAGCAGCGCUGGCAUCAGAACCAGGUGUGGUGUACCUGAGCCACCUGCCGCAAAAGAUGAACCCUAAAAACCUGCGUCACAUGUUCAGUCAGUACGGGGAGGUGGGACGGACCUUCCUGCAGCCUGGAGAUCAACAUAAGCGGUUGAUGAAAAAGAAGCCGGGCGGCAAGCGGCAGCGGCAGAACUUUGUAGAGGGUUGGGUCGAGUUCAGGGACAAAAGGCUCGCUAAACGGAUCGCCCUGUCUCUAAACAACACACCAAUAGAGACCAGGAGGCGUAGUCCGUUCUAUGGAGACUUGUGGAGCAUAAAGUACCUGCAUCGCUUCAAGUGGACCCAUCUGAGCGAGCAGCUUGCUUACGAACGAGCUGUACGUGAGCAGAGAAUGCGGACUGAGAUCCUUCAAGCCAAGAAGGAGACCAAGUUCUUCGAGGAAAGUCUUGAGAAAAGUAAAGCUGUGCAGAAAAUUGAAGAAAAGAAGAGGAAGAAAGGAGAGGAAGUCAGCAGUCGUCCAGGCAGAAACUUUAAGCAACAGAAAACAGAAGAGGAAAUCAGGCAGUGGAUGCAAAAGAAAGAAAAGGAAAGAGAAAAGAAGAAAAAGCCGAAAAGCAAAAAGCCAACAAUCGAAAAUGAUGUUAUGCAGAAAAUAUUUGAAGGUGGGCCAGUAUUGGCUGAGAAAUGAAUUUGAUCCCUGAUAAGUAUCUGUGGGCUCUUGUUGUAAGUGGUGCUUAUUAAAUCAAGACGUUUACUCACUUAAGCAAUGAUCUAAUUUGGCAACAGAAAUUGAAUUUCUUGGUCUUGGUCAUGGCCUUUUCAGCCAGCCUACAUAAUGGUGGGGAAAAUCCCAAAGCACUGAAGUAGAAUUAUUAGAAGUAGAAUGGUGGUACCUUUUGGUUAUCUUGACUAUAGUAUGAAAUUCAGAAAUGUCCCCAUAUUUGAGCAGUCUAUCAACAGCUCUUUUUGCCUGUAGGUCAACUAGGAUUUAGUUGAUUUUUGUUUGGACAAUGCCAAAACCUUGCAUCUUCAAAUGAUGGCGUGCAUGGAAUCUUGGCUGUCCUUUCACUUCCAGAAAAUAAACAGUAAACCCAUUGGCAUAUUUGACAGGUCACAGUGAAGAAACACAUAGGUUGUCAUGGAAGACAUCAAUUCUAAGAGGCAUUUAGGUAACAUAUAGCUCAGUCAUUUAUAUUGACAAAGUUUAAGGUAACAGAUAUCGGGAUUAAAGGAUAAUCACAUACUGGACAAAAGCAGUAAUUUCUGUGAGUGCUGCAACAUUGUACCCGUGACCUUUCCCACAUUAGCUAGACUGAAUGAUGACUGAUUUUCGCAGACUGGACUUUGCCUCCCAGACGUUUUGUAUGUGAUCCUCUGAUAAAAAUCACAGAGGUUUAUGUGAUCCUGCAGUGAUAAAAGUCACCGCUGCAUGGAGAUGAUUGACUCUGACAUAUUUGGG